UGUGCAAACAAUUUGAAAAAUACCAUUAGAUCUACCUACAUAAGUGCACUCCUACAUCCUAUAUGAGCACAUCGUACACAUGAGGACAUUUCUAGUCAUACAGACAUUCUUAGACUUACCAUUUCAUGAAUUUUAGAAACAUUUUGGAAUAAACCUGUGGAUUAAACGUACGAAUUUAGAGGAGGCAGAUGAAUUCAAUGGGAAUGAUUAUUGCCUUAGAUUAGGUAAAGGACAUACAUCCGGGAGAGUGUUUAUAAUAGCAAGGUCGAGGUGAACCGGGUCCACGCUUCUGAAAUAAGCUCUUAAUGCACAUCUGCAUGCAAUGGCCACGAUAAAGAUAACUUAAGACAUGCAGAAAAGAGGAUUCGAACUAACCCGAGGCAAAUCCUAAUGAAUAUAUCAUCAACUUGAGUCCUUGCCAACGACUGACAUCUCACAUAAAGAUACAGAAUUCAUCAUAAAUGCACAAACGCUGAUACUUGUAGAUAUAACUUGGGCUAUUUCGGAAAUUACUGGAAAGACUUUAUGUGCUUCUGUUUAUUUCUAUGUGACGACAAUUUGAGUAUGUCUUCAAAUAGCAAUAAAGAACGAGAAAGUAAGUUCUCUCGACGUCUCAGGUCGAUCUUCAAUUUUGGCUCUCCCGCCCGCUCGAAAUCUAGGAAUGAAACAAAUGUACGUGGUAGACACACAGCUACACCGUCUCCCUCGAGUAACACCCUUCAAUAUGUGCACAAUGAUUCCCAUAGAAUAGAAAACCAGGUGGAUUAUCUAACUACGGAGUUAGAAAGGCUGAAAUCAGGCUCUAACAAUAACAACGAAUUUCGCAUGCGCAGUAGAUAUGACGAUAUGGACGGUAGCUACAGGGGUGAUGACUUUUCCCACAAGAUUUCGACAACUCGUCAUCUAACAUCAAACUCACGAAGCAUAUCACCUGAUAGGCAAAAUAAAUCCCGACGUUCCGAGACACUUCAACCUUUCCACACUGACUAUGGGCAUGCGCAAGCGGAAGUUGUGGCAAGUUCUGACAACUCGAUUUUGGCUAGAAUUCCUAAAGGAACCCCAGUUACGGAAUACAUUGCUAAAGAUGGGAGUAGAAACCUAUUCUACAGAGAUAUAAACGACGGACAGCUGAAACAAAUCAAAGUAUCCGGAUCAAACGAAACUGGGUCUACACAGCGUGGCGGGCCUACAAUAACUGGGUACAUUCAACCAGAGAGGCCCACAUUAGCUGAUGAAAGAGAAACACUGAAAUAUUACAGUAAUGGUGUCACGUUAAACGAUUCAUUUGAUACGACACCAUCAAACCACGGAAGAGUUACCAUGCUACGAAAUGAUAUCAAAGGGAGGGAUUCCAAAGUAAGUUCUAUGCAAUAUCAUAGAAACAAAUCUCCUAAUUAUUUCAAUCCAAAUCACUUAGAUUCCCAAUAUAACCAUCUGGACACAAGGCCAGAUUAUAAGUCGUUAUCAGAGCGUUAUACUAUGACAAACGGCAGAUAUGAUUCCCUUAUUCCACCACCGCGGAGGAAGAAGACCAGUCCUGGAGGUCGCCCCCUUACCGUUUACUCUUCCAGCACGUUGCCAGCUCAGCAUAACAUCUCGCGAGAACAGGAUUUGAUGAAAUACAAGACAAUAUCUAGUUCUAAGGACUUAUCUAGAAAACCAUAUGGAACAGAAAGCAUGUAUGGAUAUAGCACAACGCCGAAAAUCUACAGAUCGAGCAAUAAUAUUCUUACGACUCCAAAAAGGGCAAAAAGCGUAAUGAAUAUCCCAGUCUCGUAUUCACGAGAUUCUCGCCUGGGUGAACGACCAAGAAGUUCCAACGUACAUAUUUCGCACGGUGACCUGAGACACGCGCGAGUUGUACGAGAAACUGAUUCUGUAGAUGGUGUUCCUAAAUAUAUUGUGGAUGACAAUGGUGAUCGAUUAGUUCAUACAGGAUGGGAAUUUACAUACUAACAAAUCUUAGCUGAAGAUGUGUCACGUGACUGAUCCGCACGGUGAAUCGCUUACUUCAAAAUAAGUUACGGAUAUGAAAUCUAGUGCCAUGUGAGAUCGCAGAAAAAACAUUCUCCAUUGUCGCAAAGCUAGCGUCAUAUACAAAGUUCAAGGUCGUACUGUGCAUAUACGUUCAGAGACUAACUGGUGCUUGCCAAUAUCGGUGCCAAUUAAUAUGGGAACGUCCUCACUGUGAAAGAAUAUUGCUCAAGAUAAUGUUAUACGUGACAAAAACAAUCGGAGAAAGUGUGGUACCUGUAUACAUCUUCGUGGAUAAAUGUCCCCUUCACGCGUUGUCCAUACUAGCCGCGAGGAACUAAUAAGAAAAUGCUGUCAUUAGGAAAAUUGUUGGCAUCUGACCAUUUUAAGGGUACAAUUAGUUUCAUAAUGAUAUCACACUAACAAUAAUAUAUGUCAAUACGGUAUGACAGGACCACGAGAGAACAUUUAUUUAGACUAGACUUUAAAUUACAAGGGGCGUCCAACUUUCGGAGGUGACUGAAUCUCUUAAACUUUUUUAUUCAGCUUAUGUUUCAUCAUCUAUGUUAUCAACGUUUAGGGCUAUUGCCUGUUGCUUAUGUUUAUAGGAAUUUUAUAUUCUAGGGGCAAAUGGUUAUACCGUAUUUCAACCCCCCCCCCCAUAAAGAGGUUACAUAGAGGUUAUUUCAUGGAAUAUGAAUUUUAUUCCGAGGGAUCGACAACGAUCAAUAACCUUUUUAUUCCAUAAUAAUUUAUUUGAAACCUAUUCAUUUUCAAGUUUGAUUUGUCAUCACCAAAAGAUGUUGAUAUAAAAUGAUA